GCGCGCUCCGCGCCCGGGUGAGGAAGAAGGGCGCACUCCGCGCCACGAUUUGUCAGAGACCGAAUCGGAGGAAGAAGACAACCCGUGCCAGGCCGAUGCGAUCGCCUGGAAAGAGGGCACGCAGACGAAAAGGCUCAGCAAAGAGCGCUGCAAAGACGAGAGCUACGACCUUUCAAAGACCAGAAGAGCUUGCUCAGUCGAGGGCUGUGGGAAGGUCGCCCAGACGGUGAAGGGAAGCCAGAAAGAGGUCCAUCAGCCGUGGCGCGGAGCGCGCCCGGCCGCAUUCGCAGGAUGCCACACCCAAGCGCGGAACGCGGAUCAGGUACUCACGGGGUUGACCUGGGAAGAGAUCGCGGGGAUACCGGAUGAAGAUCUUCGAAAAAGGGCCAUAUUUCUCAAGCAAAGAGGCGCGACGCCCGGCCCAACUUCAGGUGGACCGGACAGGAGCGCCUCCAGAACCGAUGCACCAGACGACAGCCAGGCCCUGUUCGCGUAUAUGGAAGCGAGACUCCAGGGGAAGGGGCACGACUCAGCUGUCGAGGUGUCCGAGGUGGACGGCAGGACUCCGUCCGAGAGACAGAGGCGUCUCCGGGAACUGGCACGGAGGCAUUGCAUACGAAUUACCAGCGAACUACCGGCCGAGGCCAGCAAAUUCAUUUGGGAACUAGCCCAACCGCAGGUCUCGACAGACGGGCAGCCAGGAGGAGGUUUCUACCCGUGGACCGCUUCGGACCCGGGUCCUCCUUCUCACCACCAGAGCAGGACAAGUCCGUGGGCUGCUCCAGCCCCGGAACGUCCGUGGGCAGCCCAGGGCUCGGAUCAUCGGCCAACCGCUCAGGCAUUGUUCAGGCAAAACCCCGGAGCAGGGGGAGCUGGGGGCAGAACUGAUGCGGUAGAUGCGCUGGCCCAGGCCACCAGGGCUUUCCGAGCAGGAGCCUUCACGGAUGCAGAGGCACCCGCAGCAGACGAGACGACUAAAGCCCUCCAGGCGAUAGCCAAAAGCCUGACCUCCAAGGAAGACGCCCUCGCACAGGAGCGAGGUAAACUGGCAUCAAUUGGGCGAUUGGAGGAGAGGCUUGUGUUUUUGCUCCGGGGCUGCGACUCCCUGAGUGUCACUCUCUGCCCUGGCGUGGUAGGGAAAGAACUCUUUCAUGCGCUUCGCAUCGCAGGGACGCAAGCGAGACCUCAGUUGCGGAAGAUCGAGUUCCCCUGCAACAUUCAAAACCGGCACAGCUAUGGAUUUGCGGCCCUGCAGCUGGGAGGGAAAACGCUCAACACGCUGCCGGAGUACUGCCUAUCGGCCGGAGAUUUUCCACUCACCUCGGAGGAAGAUUUCGACAACUACGGGGGCUCACCUGACCUCAAACUCGAACGUAAAGGUCGGUACCCUAACACGCUGACCUCAUGGUUCAGAGCCGCCCUCCGCCAGUCUUGGGCCUUCUCCUGUCUCUUUGGAGAGGAAUAUUACCCCGUGCUCGAAAAGGCCGCUUCACAUCUGUUGCGCUUAGGGGAACAACAUGGCUAUGCCUGGCCAGCGUCCGCAGUCUACGGUGCAUGGGAAGAACUUUGGGCCCGUUUUUGCGAAGAAGCACGGGAGUUGGAUCGUCGCAUUCGCAGAGCCAUGCAAGACGAGACUCCUACCUUCGCCCGACUCAAGUUCUUCGCCCUGUCCCCUGGUCCAGACGGGCAGCCCUGGCUCCAACUGCCGGGUACCUUUCGCCUUGACGACGAUACCCAAUACUUCUGCACCGAUAUGUUGCCGCGCAUGCAGCGCCAACUCUCUCGAGCGUGUUGGGCCGGCGCACAGAAGAAGGGCAACACCGGGGGUCGGGCUGCUGGAGAAGGGGAUGCCACCGAGGCGGCGGAUAAAGCCGCCCCACCAAAACUUCUCGGUCCCAGCCUCACGCCCAAGGAAGCGGCCGCUCCUAAGUGGACGACCCUGGACUACACGGUCCAGCUCCAGUUGCUGCGCCGAGGGGGCCUUAAGGGCUCUAAGGCCAAGACAGGGGACGAAGUCGACCGUGAGUUCACCCGAGUACGGGCGGAGCAAGCUGCGAAAGCCGCCGCUGCUAAGCAGGAAGGUAUCGCAGCUGCUAAGGCCAAGGCUUCUACCACACAGAGGACCACUCCAGCUGCGGGCACGGGCAACACUGACCGCACCUCUCGAGCGGGAGAACGAGUACCCGAACAGACAGGACAUGUUGUGGCAGAUUUGGAUAAUGUCCUGCCCACCGACCGUGAAGAAACCCUGGGCGCACUUCUCAAAGACGAAGGCAGCAACUGGUGGCGCGACGUCGAUGCCGACGCCGCUACUCUUACCUGCCCUAGCUCAAAAUUUGAGAAGUCGGCGCGAGCGGACGCGGCUGAACCCGCCCUGGGGCCUUAUCCCACUGGACUGGUGGGUGUCUACCUGCGCAAUCGCCUUCUACGCCUCCGCGAGGAAACGGGUCGUGCCCCCGAGCUUGAGGAUGUUACGCACCUGUUGGAGGAAGCUGUCUCCCUGGGUGGCCCAGAGCUGUCUGAAGAAGCCGCCCGCCUCCUUGAGGAACGCGGCGUCCACCGCAAGGCCGGCGAGUCCCCCCUGGUGCAGCUUUCAGGUCUUACAUGGAAUUCCACCAUCGGGGCCGGAACGCUCACUUGGAAGGGCGUCGGUCACUGGGCCAUGUACGACUACCAAGACCAGCUUCCCCUCUCUUCUGAGGCAUGCGAACAGAUGGGAUUUGCCGCCGCCUGCGACGAGCCUAAGGCCACACCGGACCAGCCUCUCCCCACACCCGAGGCGGUUUGGGCUCUCGCCUCCGAGUGGAGAGUCCGGUGGUGCUCGCAGGCACGAGUCGCCGAGGACUCUCUGGGGCCAACGCCCGAACGGCUCACGCAGGCCGAAGCGGAUGUCCGAGUGUUCCACCACGACCUUCUCCAUUUUGGGCACGACCGCGACUACCGCACUUUGGUUGCCCACCCUUUGGAGGAGUGGGAGUGCCUGGGCUUGGCCGUCCUGCGCCUCGACGCUUAUAUGCGGCCCAGCGUCGAGGUUGUCUGUGGCCGCCGCUAUAGCGGUAAAGCUGAGGACACCCGGUGGGUGCUGGUGCACCGUGGCCACAUGCGUUUGCUGGUUCCCGACGAGUCCUGCUUGCCGCCCUUGGGGAGCCGCGAGCUCGAGGCCGCUGGCUGGGAGGCGUACCUUGAGGAGGCGGAGGGCUCUCCGCUUCUCGACGCGGGGCCAGCCCCUCCCGCUGCUGGUGUUGGGGCCUUCCACCGCACACGCCGCCUCCGAUUGUGCCUGGGCCCUUUGCCAGACGCCGCUGCCGCUGCCGCCGCUCUGACAUACAUUACCGAAGGAGGCGUCUCUUGCCUCUGGCUACUCCCCGCCGCGCUGCCGCCGGGUCCGCCUGCCGACGAGUGGUCUUCUGUUUUGCGGCUGGCCGCCGCGCAGUUGCAAACCGGUGGGCGCUGCGUGCUCGAGGCUCCCCUCUACCGGCGGGCUUGGACCGACAAGGCCACACGCAUCCAACUUGCCGGCGCGUGUUGGCAUGCCGAACGCCUGCCCAGCCCCUUGUUGGGCCCGGCCGGCGGAGUUACUAUGUUGCGCGCGUCUUUCUGCGUGCCCCCUGGGCUCGCCGCGCUUUGUAGUACCGGGGGGGGGGAGGAGGAUUUUGCUUCCAAAAUGCAAAGGCUGAAGACCGUUCUUGAUAACCCUGCGGGGGAGGCUGAGCGAAAAAGCCAAGAAGCUGACCUCUCUGAGGGAACAGGUGACUCCGUCAGGUGCGGAAAGCUGUUCGCCGACUCCGGCCCGCUCCUGGGGCCUCCGCCGUCCUGGCUGCCUAAGAGCCUCUCCAAAGAAGCAGAAGAGGCGGCGGAGGCCUACCUGCAGAAGGUGCACCAGGUUGAGUACUCUUUGGAAGCGUGGAACGGUGCCGUGCAAGCGGGAACGACCCUCCUCAGGCUUUGUGGAGGAUGGAAGGAGACGGUGGGAGCGCUGCGCUACGCGUGGAGGGCUCGGGGAGAAGAUCACUUCGCAGGGCUCUUUGAUCACGACCUCGACAGUCACCUUCCGGAGGAUCUCCUUGCGUGGGUUAGAAGAGUUGCCCAGGAAGGGGUAAAGGCCGAGUACCGUGGCACGCAGCGUGACGCCACGCGAGGACGAGUGCUCUUGAUGAGCCCGGGCCCCGACGAGGAGGACCUGUUAGAUGGGGUGGACGACCAUUUUCCAGCCAUCCAACCCAGAUACGCAGAGGUGGUAAGGCUGGUGAUGUGGUACAAGAGCCGGUACCCCGGCGUCCGCAUCCUUUUGGCGAAGAAAGACGUCUCGGAAGCCUUUAAGGACUACCCGGGACAGCCGUGGCGACGCUUCGCGCCCGGUUACGGUCUUGUACCUCGCUAUGAGUGGGAGGACGACGCAGAGGCCCUGGUGCGCCUGUGGCUUGGAGGAAAACUCGAGGGUAGGUCCACGACCCGCUGCUCCGGUAUGGGUGGCAAAGGCAACCAGAAAGGAAAGGGAGCCCACAAAGGGCGCAGAGACCAGGAGAAGCUGGAGCGUCUCCGUGGCUCGUUUCGAGCCCGGAGUGACGCUGACCGGCGAAGACUGGUCAAGAUCCUCAGACACGAGGCUGCCCUCCUGGGUCUUCCGAUCCGCGAAGACGGAUGGGUCUCGUUGAAGGACAUCAACGAGUGCGUCGGAACCAUAUCCGGCGAAGAUGCCGCCCGAAUCAUUGGGCGAGACGAGAAAGAUAGGCUAAUUCUUUCUCAAGAGGGUGAAGAAGUGUGGGUGGCGGCCGUGUCAGGUCACACCAUAGCAGGGGUUGUGGGGCCUGGCCGAGAGCUGCCCCUACAGGAGGUCCCAGAGGUGCUUGUGCACGGCUCCUACGCGCGGCACAGCAACAACAUCCUCAAGGAAGGAGCCGCUCGGUACGCCCAGGUUCGGUUCCUUCUUACCACCAAUGACAUCUACCUGGCGCCGGACGGAAUACCAGAUCGAAUCCUGGCGGAAAGGGACGAGGAGAUGGAGCUGAUAGAAGUCGCCGAGCAGAGGAACUCAGACCAGUACCCUCCCGAGGGCAGCCCCAAGAGUGAUGAGCCGAUGUCUUCCGUGGAGCGUUCCGCUCCCGGAAUAGCAGAGGCCACGCUCGAGGGUCUGAGCGCCCCAGGGGCAGCAGCCCAAGAAGCAGUACUGAAGGAAGAGCAAGCUGCGCCAGGGCAAAGCGCCUCUACGUCCGCCGAGGCGCGUUUCGCGCCCGGCGAAGGCGAAACACAGGCGAUCUGGGGCCCAAAGGUUGAAGAAGGAGGUCCCUUGCAGCCUCUUGUGGACGCCGCCCAGGCGUUGGGGGAGGUGGCUCUUGCAGAGCCAGAGGCCAUCGCGCUGAAGGUCGACCCGGACACGUUGACGGCGGAAAUCGGUAAGAUGUCGUUGGAAGAUGAAGACCCGGAUUGGUCUGGCGACGAGGCCGAAAUUCCGGUAGCAACUGCCUUGCCGGGAGAGGCUGCGUCCAGCUCCACCAAACAAGAGGAGGGCAGGGGAACCAAGAAGGAACUCGAGCUCGACGAGACAGAGGAACCCCCACGCCGCCGCAAAGUGGUGUUGGCUACCGGCCAGUUGUCGCUUUUCCGGGCCCUGGCCGCUGCCAACGCGUCCAACUGGUCCGGGGUUCAGCGUGCUCUCAGAGAAGCCCAGGGGUCGGGCGAGGUGGAGAACGUUACGUCUCUGGCGCAAGCGUUCUCCAAGAACCGCGACGCCUGUGCGCAGGCGGCCUCGAGGGCGGCAGCCCUCGCAGAGCUCGAGGGCGCAGAAGCCGCCUACUUCGCGGCGCUCCCCCCGGCCUUGGCAGAACUGGAGCGCAAAAACCCAGUGAGGCCCAGCAUGGAUAAAAGCCUCGGGUGGAUCAACCACGCACGCUUCCUGCAGGACAAGGAAGCCGCCGGAGUGUGGGUGGCACGCAGAAAGGAGAAAUCCCGCUUGCGAGCUGCUGCACACCGAGCGGCUCAGCAGUCUGCUGAAGGCGUCGGCGCAGGGGCGCAAGACCCGGUCCGCGACCAGGCGGACGCAGCCAGCCACCUCAACUUUCAAAUGAACGAGGCGGCAAGGGACAACCUGCGGCGCUUCCAGGCUGAGCUGCGAGCUGGGGAGCUAGACGCCCCGAUGCGAGCCGCAGUAGCUCAGAAGCGCAAGCCUGAGUCCGAGCGUAGGCGACGCAUCAAAUGGGCUAGGUUCUGCGAAAAGCAAGGGAAAACCAGGAAGUACGACCCCACGGAACGCUCACUCGGGUUCACCCCGCCUCAGGAAGGCCAUGCCGUGGCCCGCUUCGGGCCCGGCAGGUGCCCCACGGAGGACGGGCUGGAGCACCGGGGGAUUCCUGGCCCUUUGGGGGAUGGUCGCUACCUACAGCAUACAGCCAGCGAAUGCACUGCCGAGACCCACCAGCCUUCCACUCGGGAUUAA